AUGCAGCACGCGGAGGAGAAGCAGGCCUCUUCGAGCUCCCCUCAACGUCGGCGAGCGUCGCCCGCCGAGCGAGACCCCCACACACCGGAAGGCUCGGAGGCUCGGUUGCUGCAGAAGAAAGUCUUGCUUUUGAAUAUCCCUCAACCAAGUUCAAGGAACUCACUGUUGAUUUUAUUAUCAUCAGAGGUUGAUGCCACAGACGUGAAUUUGGAGGAAUCUUUUCUUACUCAUGCCGGAAUAGCGCACACACGGUGGGCGACUCAUGGAGAGCCUGCUCCUAGGAAUGGUCAUCCUCAGAGCUCUGGUGCUGAAAAUGAAUUUCUGGUUGUACACAAUGGGGUCAUCACUAAUCAUGAGGUCUUAAAGCAAACGCUAAUUCGACAUGGGUUCACAUUUGAAUCUGAUACUGACACUGAAGUGAUUCCUAAGCUUGCCAAGUAUGUCUUUGAUAAAUCUAAUGAAGAUUCAGGUGACACUGUCCCAUUUAGUCAAGUUGUUCUGGAAGUCAUGAGGCAUCUUGAAGGAGCCUAUGCCCUUGUUUUUAAGAGCCGGCAUUAUCCUAAUGAAUUGAUUGCUUGUAAGCGUGGUAGUCCAUUGCUUCUCGGUGUCAAAGAAUUGACAGAAGAAUCGAGCAAAGGAUCAUUAUUUCAUGAUGACAAGUACCCUUCGCAGAAUGGGAAUCCCAGGGAACUGUUCUUAUCGAGUGAUGCAAAUGCUCUGGUUGAGCACACAAGAAAAGUUUUGGUUAUUGAAGAUGGUGAAGUUGUUCAUUUGAAGGAUGGAGGGGUAUCUAUCUUAAAGUUUGAUGGUGACAAAAGAAAACGCGGUGUACUUUCCAGGCCAGCAUCUGUACAACGUGCACUUUCUGUUCUCGAGAUGGAAGUUGAACAAAUAAAUAAAGGAAGUUACGAACAUUAUAUGCAGAAAGAAAUUCAUGAACAGCCAGAAUCCCUAACAACCACAAUGAGGGGCAGACUUACUGAAGAUGAAGCUAUGAUGUAG